GCCGCGCAGUGCGCAUGCGCGGGGAGAGCUCGGGUCGCACAGGGGGAGGAUGAUGGUCGGACCAAGCUGACGGCCAGGCUAGAAAGGCAUGCCGCCCAAAUACGACAGGAGAGCACAGACGCAGCGCACCGAAAGCCGGUCCAACCUUGUUGGCAAGUUCACGACAUCCGUAAAGAAGUUUGUCCAAGAUGUUGAGUUCGGGCUGAACGACAACGAAUGGCGUUGCCUUGCAGACCACACUCGCGAAGGCGCGGUCCAGACGAGUGAAAGGCUCUUCAUGGCCGAACAGAAGGUCAGCGAGUCCUAUCAGACGGUCAAGUGCGCCCUGAUCAAGCUGCACGAACGGUACGAGGCCUCCAAGGCGGAGCGGAACAUCGUCCACCGCUACGCCCUCUUCAAGGCGAUGGUGAAGGAUGUGACCUGCCUGGACACGCAGUACUGGGUACUGCUGGAGCUUCCCCGUCAGGAGAAGCAGGAGCAGGUGAACGCGUACGUGCUGCGCGCCUGCGCCACGCUCGAGAAGGCGUCCGAGUCGAGGACGCAAGACGCCGCCGCCAGGGCCACCGCAGACGAGGAGGCCCGUGAACGCAAACAGAGGCUCGACGGUAUGACGGUGCAGGAGAUCGAGGAGGAGAACGCACAAACCAUCAACGACCUGUACCGCCUGCUGAAGAAGUACAGCAAUCUCCGAGGCAUCGUGCACGGACUGCAGAUUGCCUACACGGACGCUAAGGUGUACCCUUUCAUACCGCGCUACAACAUGCUCAAGGAUAUGAUCAAGUGCGUGCUCCGGGACCCGAGCUACAUGGAGGUCUGCCACGAAGACAUCUCCCGGACCUAGUGGCACCGGACGCUUGCCGCUGGUUGCAUCAGCCUAUCGCUGCUGCCGCGCUUCUGUAUCCACACCGCCGCGCGAAACGGACCGCGGCACUGGCCGCGGUCGCAUCGCGCUGCUUUGACGCACGCUCGCACUCCGCGCCUUUCGGUCGCCCCUAGCCUAAGCGCAAACGCAACCUUUACCGUCACCCGGGCUAAAGAAAAAACAAAGCCUAACAAGUCCAGCAUCCUUCUUUUCCCUCCAAUUCGGCACUUUGUUAACGCUUGCUGUUUGUUUUGCAAUGAACAUUGCCAAGGAACGCUUGGCGGAAAAAGAGCUCCCACAAAUGGCUUUAGCCUAGUGGUAUCUGGGCGUGCACUGAACGCGCGCAGAGCGCCUGUCGCUGUAUGGUUAGCCAGUGGUAGCACGACGCCAUUCAGGUCCGCACGGCAAGCGAACCAUCGCCACCGGUGACGCGUCAUGUCACAGUGACACGGGCUCAAUUGCAACGCUCACGUGCGCGCACUUAUUGACUUAAUUGAUCGACCGACAAGUAACCAUUCCCAAACCACGUUUCCUUUGUUGCCGCAAACACGCUUGAUUCGCAGGUUCCUCUUUCUUUGCUUCUGUUGUCGCGGUAACGUCGUUGGCUUGGUGGCCGGCGCCGAUGUAUGUGAGCCGCGCCAGAUUUACCGGGUGUAGGAGUUGUCGACGUGCGUCCGUGUCGUUUCUCGGUGCAAAAGUGAAAAACUGUCUCGCGACCAAAGAGGCGCACACCUGGUUCGUCGUUACCGCGGUCAUUAAGACAUCCAUUAGCGACCGAGCGCCACGGCGCCCCUCUCUCCCCCCUCCUCCCCCAUCAAGGAACCAUCUAGUUAUUUUCCCCCAUCGACGGAUUACGACCGCUCGGGUGACGACGUGUCAGCCGACUGAACUCGGCGUCUGGAAAAACUUCCUCGCCUGUCUGUGAACUCACUCACUGCAUACGGUGCCGCUUGACGUACACAUACACGCACGAAAACUCACUGUCGCUCCAGCGGUUCUCAGCAACGAUGAGCUUACGCGUCCUGUGUAAUGCGCGCAAAUUAACUUACUCGAGGGCCAAUUUUAGCGUACCUAGUGAACGCAACCAGUUUGCCACGGGCAUAUUCAACUUCGGUAUAGUCGUAUAUUGCACGCCGAUGAGGAGAGAAAAACACGAACAGGGAAAGAAAAAAUACGCGCCGCGCGCGGAAGACGACGACGUGCGUCUUUUUUCACCGCACCUCCACCGCAGUUACGCACGAGGCGUUCGGGCUGCGUGGAACCGUACCCUGGGCGAACUGGUUGAAACGGCGUGUUUUUGUGAGUCGCGAAGUGACUGCGUUGUCUUGUCGCGCGCACCUGCGCGGUGUUGCUAGACUGCCGCUGUAUAGGUUUCUGAGGACAGGAUUCUUUUUUCCCCGAGCUACGUUUUCCCGUGGUCUGCGGAGAAAAAAAAAGAAAAGAAACUGGUGCCGCGCUGGCGUGGAGAGACGCUAGGGCGGAGCCGUGUGUAUUAUAAAAACACGCGGGGUCACUGAGAGAGACAAGGGUCGGCAACCUUCUGCAGAAGCGGGCCGGGCGCUCGUGAAAGAACAAAAAGAAAUUGUUUUAGCGUUCGCGUCCACGCAGCGUGGGACAAACGCCAGAAAGUGGCAUUCCCUGCAUUUGGAUAAACGGUAGUCAAUAAAAAAAAAGAUACUGCCAAUUAGAGUUAUCCGCGUAGCAGGACAUUGCAGAACAUAUGGUUGCAACGUGCUGUUAGGAUAUCAAUAAAGUUCAACGUGUGUGAGCGAGGUUGGUGGAAAAUGCCAAAAGGGAACGAUUCUGUUUACAUGGCAAUUCAAAGCUAAUGCUGCUGUCAGCCAUUAGAUGGAAUAAGAAAGCGUAGAGGGGGGGGGGGGGGGGGGGAGAUUGAAUGGAGAACAUUUUUCUCGAGCUGUGCAGAAGGGGUGGCGCGACAGUGCCUGGAGGGCAAGACCCGGCCAAGCCUGCAAACCGCGCUGGUUGUCGACCUUGUACAAAUUCGAGCGUUCCACACGAGUUAAUUGAUUUUCGGAACAGUAAACGAGCUAACUAGCUGCACUUUAUAGGCACGCGCGACUAAAUUUAUGGGACGGCAUCAGGUUCUAAAAAGAAAACCUCGUAGAACUGCGAUAGUCGCACACCUAUAAUCGUAGAGUGACGUCUGAUUGAAAUGGGUGCUCCAACCACGCGGAAACAUUUUACCUGCUAUAGUCUUAGCGACUAACGUCUGUGCUGCCGCUGCGCUAGUUACCAGUACAACGCAAGAAAAAAAAAUGUGUUUAGCUGUUUGCCGUUAGUCUACCGCAUUGGAUCCACUUUGAAUCGAUCAUGUAGAUGUCGCGUUGUUGGCAUUAGCUACACUGCAUAUAACGGGUUUGCUGUUUUUUUCCCCUCGAAUGAUGUGUAUGUAUACGGUGCAGAGAGACGAAGAGCUGUUUUCGUUCCUCUCUAUAAAUGCUAUCUGUGUGUCGUACGUACAUAUCACAACGUGUCAACGAGCGCUGUUUUAAAAGAAGAGAAGAGCGCAGUUUGCAUGGCAUGCCUUGUCACGCUGUUUGUAUACAUACAUUGAUGUCUCCAUGUGAUACCGGGCUUACAAGGCUUCUUGUAACAUAUGUGUUCGCCGGUGUGCCGGAUUGUGAUUUUUGUAAUCGUUGCACGUUGAGCUAGGGACAUGGCUGAGCAGCCCCUUGUGUCGCGCCGCGUAUUUUAUGACACAUGCAAGGCGCGCGCGCGCCUCUGGCCACUCGGGCCUUGCGAAACGCACGAAGAGGCGGAAACAGAACAUGACAUACUAUAACACACACACUGCGAUACCACACCCCCUCGUUGUUUGGCACUUGAUACAAUUCACUGUUACCCGGUGCUGUUAUUUUUUGUUGUUGCUGCUGUUUUCGUCGUUGUUUCCUCAAAGGUUAACCAGCCCAGAACGCAGGCAUCUUCGUUGGUUCACUAUUAAGGCAUGGUGCUUGUUUAUACCACGAGUUGUUUUAAAUUUAAAAAAAAAAUAUCGCUGCAAGAAAUUCAGUGGAAGUCAGUGCAUCAAGCACUGCGAGGAUUUUCAUUUGAACAUUACGCUUUCAGGCGUAACUUUGGCGCAGUUGGAAACGUGAUAGUGAGUGGUGGUGCUGGAAUUUUUUUUUUUCGAGGCUAAUUUUGCAGCGCUGAGUGUAAAUAUACACACAAGUUCACAACACCCAUCAGUCCAAAAUGCAACACAUACAUUGAAACGCUGCCUUAAUAUUGUUUGCUUUUGGAGUACGUUCCUCGUCUUCAUUUUGACAGAAACUUUGAACGUUAUUUUCUUACUUUCACAGCUAUGGGCCACAGGUGGCCCUUCUGGUGCUGUGACUUUCUUCGUCUUCACCGUUCAGACGCAGUCGUCUUCGCCGGCGAUGUGGACGGCGUUCAUUUAGAUGCACGUCUCUGUUGAGCUUUCUUGGUGACUACCGAAAUAAAAAAAGGAAAGAGAGAGAGAGAGACUGAAGAGAGAGCACCUCGGUCAACGAAAAGCGAGGCAGUACCAACGGAACCGGCGAGUGAGUGCAGUGUCGAUUGACUCACCAGUCAGCAAUGGUCCGGACAACGCUAGAACCGCGUUUCCCUUCCUCUCGGAGUCACCGCCUCAUGUAAUUCGAUUGAGACUCGAUCGACAAGAUGACCGGUUAUUUUUGUCUCCUCUCUAAUCCUCUUCGAUCGGUGCCUCAAUAGACUGCCAACAUCAACGAUGUACGUAAAAGAGAAAAGGUGAGGCGAAGUGGGAGGGCAUAUUGUUUAGAGCCAAGGUUAAUUAUGCCCUCGCGCGCUCAAUGGAACAACAACGAGAACAGCAACUACCCCACGGCAGCCGCGCACGGUGCUCGGCUACAGGUUCGUGCGGCGCAGUCAACGGGCGCCCCCUCAUCGCCAAGGGCGACGCAGAAAUUGAGGCGCAUACCCCGUCACCACUAAACGGUGUGCAGCUCGCCGGCGCCCGGAAGGCCCGUCAAAUUGCAGCUACAACGACGCCGCUGAAAACAGAAGGAGCGUUCUUGUUGACACGCCAUGGGCCGCCGGCAAACGCGUGUCUCCUAAUGGCGACCAGCGACGUGUGCCGCGUUUGCAGGCGCACGAACCCGUGAUCGCUACGGUUUCAGAAGGACGGGACGCCCUUAGCAAAUACGGCAUAAACGCAUGCUUGUCUACUGAACUGUACACAAAGAAAUGGACACACUGCCGAGCACGCGCGGCACUCCCCGCCCCCGUUUGUGUACAGUGCGACUCAGUUAACGACAGUAUUUGUUCUAUGCACACAGUUAGGACACGAUUCCUGAAUUUUCAAGUGCGUUCACUAUCUGGCCAAACUCCAGCUCCCAAAACUGCUACUACAACCUUUAACGCCUGAGCGCUGCCGUUACGUCUAUGAUGUUGCUUGCAGCCGAAGCGGCGCCUUUGCAUUAUGGUAGUGCAUCUGUCCGGACGUAUGAGAUUUCACGAAGCCAUAAGGAGGACAGAACACGAGACGUCGGCUGUGCAGGGAACGUGCUCUGGUGGGUUUUCUGUACAGAUGAAUGAAAAACGAGCUUGUGUGAAAACUAUAAUUGCGGAAGUCGGUGUGCUGUUCUGGCGGGGUUUUCUUGGUGAUAGUCGACAAACCCCUAAUGACGGGCCUUAAGUUAGCCGUGGGCGAAGCCUGUAUUUGGUGAAAGUCACUGUUUCGCUGUGUUACGCGCCUAGCGCGUCGGCCCUCUGCCACGAAGGUCGCAGCAACGAGAGAACUUGACUCCCCCCCUUCGGUAGUCAUUGCUACCAUUAACCAAGCAUUCUCAGGACAACGCCGUUGCGCAUUUUAAGAGCAGCAAAGUAUUCAAUGUGAGACCUCGCCAAAUUUAGAAAGCUACUGACGAAAAGUAGUUUUGUCGUCAAUUUUUUUGGCGCCAUUAUUCUCGAAGAACAGUUAGUUCCCAACUUGAAAAAAAAAGCAAGAAUUAAGUGCCCACAGUAACAACCUUAUGAUGUUUUUUUUUUGUCUGUUUGUUUGUUUGUUUGUUUGUCUGUUUGUUCGUUUAAAUUGGAUACAUACGCACGCACGUUUUAAUUGGAGAUAGUUUGCAUGUCUUCAUGCAACAAAUGAAACUUGACCUAUGAUGUACUUGUGAGCGCUGCAGCAUAGAAUACUGGACCUUAUAAGUUCACUUACGAGCGAGUUUCCACACCGUCUGACUUUGCGUGCGAAAGUGACCGCAACGUACCGUUACUUUGUCUGUGAUUCAGCACACGUGCUCAUAAGACACAUUCUCACACGUAACAGCUCACAUUUGAGACAACCAGCACAGCCAAUGAAUUCUAUACAUAACCGACACGCCGGCACAUGAAGACAGCACAUGCAGACAUCGAUAUUGGUUGUUGACAACGCUAGUUGUGUUAUGUAUACUCUUUCAAUAGUGUAAUCUCCUAAAUGUGUGUUCUCGCAUAGCUGCGUAGUAUGAAUAGCUUUAGUGUGCACGUGCAAUUACUCUUCGUGUUAGUGUCUUCUGUUCAAUGUGUUGCAGCGAAUACGUGUAGUGCUUGUCCACGUAGAUGUUGCUUUCCGGCAGUUGUUGGCUUUCUUUAAGACUACACGUUAAAUAGUCAGUAUUGCUCUCAUAGUAACCCCUGUGAGCCUGUCACAUUUAUUGCGCUAGAUAAAGGCCUGCCUUAAGUUCUAGUGAAAAAAAAAAAAGCGGCAUUGACUCUGCCCGAAGAACACACUAGCAUAAACCCUCUCAAACUGAGAUGCCUUACGUGAAUAAAAGCUGAACAAACUUGGAAGGAAAAUGAUUGGGGUUUCAUGAAUGCGUUGCAUUACGUUCAAACUUGUGCCUGACGUUUUACUGUCCAUAACGUGUCGUACAAGCCUUGUCGCCGUCUUCGAGGGUUGCCAUUCUUGAAUUUUUAGUGGCUAACCCCGUUACGUUGGGCGGCGUUGUUCGCGUUCGACGUGCUUUUGGCCAGCGUAUGUCCCUCUUGUGCGCACAUAUCCCGCGUUCAACCAUCGCCCCCGUCUUAUUUCUCCUCCACCUCAUGGAUUAUUCGCGCGCUCCCAACGCAGUGCAUGGUGGUGCUGAGAAUGGCGCUUCCCCGCACACCAUAUAGCCUUGCCAUCCGCGUGGCGCACCCAGGGCAACUUAGCCGUAUUGUUUAAAGCCCACGCACGUGUGCACACAGACCACGCUCCGCUUAGAGAGAGCCUAGUGUUUCUGUAUAGGGGACACUAAGAGAGAGCCUCGUGCGCCGGAGGCCAGCAGCAGGCGUCUGGCCGCUGGCAGCUCCGCCCCGCUUUUCUCACGUGCGUCCUCCGAGACAUUUAAGCAUAACAUACUUCAACGGCUACUGUCGAAAGGCAGCAGGCACGACAUCUUUCGUUGAUUUUAUUUGCUCACACAACGAUUACGGAAGGAAAUUUCGUCGUAGUUACAGCGCUAUACAGCUAAACAUUAAGCUCACCCACACGCAGAUUAAAGGGAGGACUAGUUGAACCUCGGGUAAUCGAAGAGAACACACGACGUCGCGCAGAGAUUCAACAUGUGCAGCUUCGCACGAGCCUGCUAUUCGGUUUUCAGUUUAUGCAGCGUGUCUAUGGGUGGGAUUGUUCGCUACAUGCCAGCCUGGCGUUAACAAAAGCUCCGAGCGGCGGAAGCUGCGCCACGAAACUGAGUGAAGCGCGCACUACAAUUUGUUGUAUGUGUUGUCGAGUUCUCCGAGAAAAGUGGUCCCCAGCACGGGCGGUCAUUCGCUGGUAGAUUGCCGGCUAACCCGCACCCACUGCUUGCGGUCCGGUCUAGUCCGUGCUCGUGUACGCGCAUCCAUCGUGCGCCUAAGAUGCUGUGUGUAUACUGUCGGCGCUGCUGCUGGCGUUUUGCGCAUGCUUCGAGCUGCUUUCUGGGUAGCCUGCGUACUUUAUCUUUUUUUUCUUUUUGCUUAGGCAAGAGAAAUUGAAAAAAAAAGACAUUGAUGACGUGAAAGCGAGAUGCCUCGCCUCUAGAACAAAUUAUGAACUAUAUACAUGAGGCAAUAACAGCGCGAGCAAAGCAAGGCCGCAAGGCGUUAUCGUUCUCUCACGAUCCUGUAACAGGCGCCCCAAACGUUGGAAUGCCCGAGCGGUCAGCGCCCAAAGCACUGCCAAGCAAAGCAGCGGGGUUGCUGAGUGAUCGAGACAGUUAUUGCAACCGUAGCGCAGCGAAAUCGCUCGCUCAGCUUGGAGAACCGGAUCAACACGCCAGCACAUGCACGGUAUUGUCACGGAGUAAUAAUCCGGACGCAGCUGCAUAGGCGUCGCUAAAAUACUGGCAACAUUGCUUCGUGUACAGAUUGCAGCUAUAGAGACCAUAAUACAACUCUUCGUAAUAAAUGCUUUGUCCACAUAUCUACAACCUUUGUUGUGUUUAAAACUACACAAGACCCCCUUAACACAGUUCGAGGAACAUGAAGGAUUCAUCAAAUUUCUGCGUAUAUUUGGCCCAAACAAAAGUAAUGUUGAUUGACGGGGUAAAUGGUAUUUAUUGAAGUGUUAAACGUAUACCAACGACUAUUCUUAAAGGCCUUAACUUUAUUAUAGUUUGUGGUCAUAUAUGUCAAAACACUUCUCAGCAUUUCAUGAGCACAAAACAUGCGUUCGCCUUCGUCCAUGUGUCAGUUAGUGAGCCUCGCCUGACUGGGUUCUGUUCACAAGGUUUUUCGCUUACUCUUGUUAUUCCUUGGACUUCCUCUGCUUUUACAACGCUGUAUUUGUGCUCUUCCCACUCGGUUAUUUUUCUUCGAACUGAUCACCUAGCGCUCUUUGCUGGACGUAGCUAACAUGGCAAUUAGUUACGUAUCGCUUUGUUUUUCGCAACCACCUCAGCUGUCCUUCGUCAGUUCCCUAAAUUCGGCACCGGCACUGGGCGCAUCUUCAGCACCCAACUUGCCCGCUCACAAGACAAGCUAGCAUGGAAGUUCCGAUGCUGAACUUCACUUAUUUUCAGCCUUCCCAAGUUGCCACAGAAAAUCACCAUUUCUAGAAGGCGAAAGCCAUGGCUAUCUUUCUUUCCACCAGGGCAUAAUUAGUCUGGCCCUGCGGCAAACUUGAGUGUUUGCUUUCCUUACUGUCGAUCUGCAGUGAGCAUGCCUUGAUACGUGAUUUAAAGAAUAGUUAAAGAGCCCGAAAACUUUGGUCGCCGUCAGCAUCCACUGCUACUGCGAAACUCAAUUCCCGUGAUAUUUAGAACCGCCACCGACAGUCUGCUCAUUUAAGAGGCACCUUUUUAGCUUGUCGUCCCCCCCCCCCCCUCACUUUCUUUUUUGUGUGUGCCAUUUUUAUCUUCCUAGUACACGGAUGUAAUGCAUCAAAUGUUAAAUGUUUAGAUCCCUUUAGACGAACUAAGUGGUCGCUGCAAAGGUUGACGCAUUAUUUGGCACCAAAGAAUCUUAAAAUCAGUAAAUAUGUUUGGCUAUUUUAGGAGAACAACGUGCGUCAUACGACAUACGAUGAGUUUCACUGCAUUGUGCUAAAAGUAAAAAAAAAAUUAUCUUCACAUAUUUGGUGUGAUGCGGGUUACACUCGUGCUCUUGCUUUAAUUUCGACAAUGUGGUGCUGCUACGUUGUGUAUAAUGCGUACAUCGAAAAAAAAGAGAGAGAGAAGAAGAAAAACAUUUUCCCGCAGGGUCACAACGAAUAGCAUUCAAUGACACAGUCACGAGCAUACAGCUACAGUGCUGACUUUCAAAGACAGCCAUGCUUCUACAACAUCGAAGUCACAUUCGCAUACGUUUGUUUCUAUCGCGCGCAACAGCAGCAGCGGCGGGCUUGUAUUUCGUUCCAUUUGACGUCCGCCGCUCUCUUCACCUUAGACAAAUAUGUGGCGUCGAUCGCCGUCUGAGGGCGCUCUCGCAGCUGUUCCUUUCAAGUACAGGAAAAUCAUCACCUGCGCAUGCUCUCUCGCCGAUGUCAAUGAAACUUCAUGCGAUCCUCGCUUUACUUUUGAUCAGUGUGCAACAUGAGCAUAACUUGACGGUUGAAGAACCUGACGCGAAAUUCCAGCGUGAUUCUGGCGACGUCCGCUCCAAUUGAAGGUUUGUGAACGUUGUCAAGAAAGCGUACGAGCUAGUGCAAAAUGCUUCUUAGCCUGCGAUUCCCUGUUUCAUGACAUUAGACACGUAGGCGUUGCUUUACUUCCAGUUUUGUUUUAAUUUAUUAGGUUUAUUUUAGCGUAGUUAGCUCGAACGUUUUCGGGCUGACUUUAAUUAGUAGUUUGGUUUAGCUUGAUUUAGUGAAAUUCUAGUUUCACCUCACCUUCUUGUUUCUUCCUUACGUUUCUAUAUUAUGGCGUCGGGAUUCGAGAAAUCAGUGCCUUUAGUAUGUUUGUUUUCAGAAAACGCAGAAAGAGCUCUUGCAUAACGGCAAGUGCAAUUUCCUAUUUUUUUUAGGACAAAUGUGUUUUUGGAUUGGGAAUUGUGCGGUGUGUUCUACCAUUCUUUCUCUGGUACCACCUUUGAUUUGGGCAUUUCUACCGACAUGUGUCUCACCCCCCGACAAGUGAAUCAUAUAGCUCGCUAAAUCCUUCCCACCCCAACUCCUCACUAAUAAUCCGCAACGCAAUUUCCCGCACACCACCUUGCACAACGCAUGAGCAACGGGUGCUCCUCCUCUAUGCGAUAUCCACGUACCGGCGUCAAUUCAAUAUUAUCGCGGAGAAUUAACAUCGCUGCACACGUUUGCCAAGCGGACGCCGAUAAACCAAAUAAGAAUAGGCACUGACGAAAAGUUUUACCCGUGUUGAUUACCAGACCGCAGUCGAUUAAUUAGUAUACUAAGUGGCUGUCCCGACCCACAGAAAAUUUAUAUAAAAGAAUAAGAGCACGCAUUCCGCCCUAUACGGUUGUCUUACCUGCUAUAACAUUCACACUGUGGACUCUAAGUCACACCAAACAUGCACAAGUGAUAAGCCGCUUGAUCACAGCGGUAGGGUUUAGUUGCCUUCUCGUUCUCGACUGAGAACGUGUACUUUUUUUUUCUUCUUCUCCGGCGCCUAUUAUGUUUAGGUCGGAGUUCCUUGCCAAUACAUAAACUAUAUUUAGACAACCGUGAGCAGACUCCUUAACGUGAUUUUGACUGUUUCGUUUGUUUAAAAAAAUACAACCGCUAAUAAAGCAUUAGUCGAUUGAUCGCAAGCUCAAUCGGUCUUUUGUCCAGACCUACCAAAUACGUACUGCUAGAUGUAUUGCAUAUUGACGCAUUACUAUAUGCGAAGAAAAAAAAAUGCCCUCGUUUUGCGCGGUGAGUGCCGAGAAGAGUUUGUCGGCAUACAUAGCUCUACACUUGAAAAGCGCCACCAAGGAAGGAGAACGCUGAAAAGCGGCGGCUAUGGGAAAACCGUGCAGCUGGCACAAGCAUACGCGUGCGAUUGUCUACCACGGCCAGCCAAGGAACGCCUGUUAUGCAACACUUUUAUUGUAUUAAACAGCCUGCUGAUCACUAAGCGGUAACAGCAGUCUGGUAUGAUGUAUUUAUUUUUCAUUCUCGUUCGUGGCGCGGCGAGAGAGCGUACACGACACCGUGUUCGUCCUCGUAUCCUCUACCAUAAAACCUAAACUCAACACCAGACCGAAUACCAGUGCUUUCAGCGUUAAGCUUGCUCAUUUGCGUUCUGACCUUCUGCCUAUGAGUGCGCGUGUUUGUGUGGUCAGCAAAUAUCGCUUUCGUGUGGGCAGCUAGGCAUCACUCGCUACUGUGGUGUCGUUUACUGCUAAUUUAUUACCUUAAGACACGUUAUGACUCAACGCGAAAUAACUGCGAAGACAUGUACACACACACACAAAGAAAAAAAAAGUCCUUACAUAGAAAUAAAAACACCGAGCAAGUCAUGCACAUGCUGCUAAGGAAGAUGCAACGUCCUAUGCUAUCCUUCGCAAGCGAAGGUUCUGUGCACAAUCGCAAAGAGUGACGCCAAUCAUUGGCAAUGGCAGCGUGUUGAUUGGCCUGUGGUUCACCAUUUUGCCGCCGCCACUGGCGACGUUCUGCGCAAUUCGUGAAUAAUACAUAGCCUGAACUUGCAAGCGUUCAUGUCACCAACCUUAUUUGCAAAUUCUCCGCAGACAUAUUCGCUGUGGCGUGACAGCACCGAGUGCUAGUCGAGAUUGCCGCCGCGGAGAUGGUUUUUGCCUGUCAUCCCCUUCUUAGGGAGAUGUAGACCAAGCACCGAGUUCCAUGCGUCAGUCAUGGCUAAUAUGUUGGAGCCCAACUUUUUACAUUGAAAAACCUGUGAUCCCGUUCUUGCUUUUAUGGUGUGUCGAGGGGUGAACAAAAUUCUCGCGAUACAAUUCAAGAGCUUAAGGACGCCAGCGAGAGUUGCGCUCUGUUAAAGGUAAUUACUCUGUCGGGAUAGCGCUAGUUAGCCCCACAUUAUGGGUGACUCAAAAUUACACUCGACCUGAAAAGACUUAGUGAUCGAAAACGCAAGCUUACAAAUUGUAGAAAGAUGCCUAUAACAAGGAGCAAGGGGGGAAACGCUACUGAAACGCCGAAACUUACCCUCGGGGCAGUGCAAGAUGCAUUUACAUUGUACGGUGUUUUGUUUUUCAUGCAUGGCACUAGGCGCAACCUUUCGGAUCCUUAUGAACAUGUGCUUAAAGAACGCCCAAUUCGCAGACCUUGAUUUACUCUGGCGGCUGGCGGUGAUGUUUCAUACGCCUUUGUCAACCAGUCAACUAGCAUACGAUUUCAAGUAGAUCAGUGAGGAGGCAUACGCACGAAGUGCAAGGUGCAAGAAUUGCCGGCGAAACUGCACUGACAGUAGGGAAAAGCAAUGGCCGAGCCGAGUAUAAAUACGGGCCACGCGCAAGCGCAGAUGAUUGUCUUUCUUUAUGUAAACAAGAAAGAAAGGUGCAAGUUGUGUCCCGUAGUCCUAUUCUGUGCAUUAAAACUUGCUCCGAGGAACGUCUUGUUGCACGAACAUGCCGACCAGCGCACGGAAUAGCUUGCAGGCAUAACGUUGAGUAGUUAACGCAGAGCAGCUAAAAGAAAUGUAUAACUACCGAACGCAUCCCGUCAUCGCACGGAUCAGGAAAAACUCGCAUAGGUGUCCCAACGGCUGAUAAUGCUGACUUGUGACACCUAAUGACAAGCGUGUUCGAUUGAGUUUAACGUUCAAAAGCAAUACCGGGACGCCGUUGUCACUAGGGAGGACUCCGGAUUAAUUUGGAACCUCUGGGGUUCUUAAAUACGCUCCUAAAUCGAAGUAAACUUUUUUUAUUGGGUUAAUGACGACGAGAAAAGACAUCCACAGUAUACUCACACAAUAACAGCCGAUUCCAAGGCCUAAUUUUCUGUGCCUACCGCCCACUUAAAGGCGAUUUUGAACGAGUCAGCCAUGGUGUUUGAUAAGAACAGUGUGAAAUUAUGAUUUCAGUAAGGCACUGAGAUAAAGCGAAAUAUGCGUGCCCUUUCCACGCUAUCUGGUUUCAUCUCUCCUUGUCCUUUCUUUAGCACUUGGCAGUUCGAUGUAACAUGUUGCUGGUACAAAAUAUUGUACAGAUACACAACUGCACGUGCAUGGGGAAACUUUACUGCAGUGAAGCGAAGGCUAACAGUAUGCAAAAGGAUAAUUUCAUCAGUUGUGCUCAUGCGAACAGAACGUAUUCUCAGCUGCGACUCACAGUCUUCACUCCCCUGCAACGAAGUUUUCACCAUUUCAACAAAUAGAAAAAUCACUCUGGUAUGACGCCUCGUAGUUGACAAAUCUUUACCAAAGAGCCUCCUAGUUCACUAUCAGUUUCCUAUGCAUUUCCUUUAAGGAGGUCCAUGUAAGAAAAACUCCUGCUUCCCAUAUGUUCGCCCCGAAUAGUAGCAGAAAAAUGCUCCCGGUGUUGUUGUCGUGUGAUGCGUGAAAGCUUCAGCAUGCUUGUUAUGCAAAUAUAUCUGCACGGGAGGCUUCUGCUCGCAGAACAUGCUUGUUGUUCACAACAAAUUCUCAAGAAACGAUAUUUGGUUGUCAAGUGUUCCCAUGUGCCAACCAUGAACCUUUCUUGAGGUUGUGUGUCUACUUUUUACCGGGAAUCUGUAGAAGCCACGAUAUAAACGAUGUGUGUUACGCCGAAUGACUAGCCUCUGCGAAUGUCUUAUUCAACCAUACACUUUACAACCAGUCAGCCAUUAUUCAAUCAUUUACAUUUUCAACGUGUGAAAUAUUUAG